CCUAAUAGAAUUUUUAUAUGACACGCAAGCCUGUAGCUGAGUGAGUCGAUAAAAGGUAGUUUAGUCUUCCACAUAGCCAGGUACUUCGUAGUUCGUUUAGUCGCGCGUUGCUCUUCGCAGUUUAAACGUGAGGAAAGAUCGGUGAAGCUACGUAGCUGCAGUUUCUAUCUGACACAGAACAGGAGCGAAGAUAAAUAAUAAUGGCUAGCAAGGUAGAAGAAGGAAUCGGCAGAAGAAACGCCAUUCCCAUAAUACAUACGAGAGGAACUCAUUAUGAGAUUGGUUUUGAUAUCGGACGCACAUUCUCUGGUCUGAUUCACAAUUAUGUGAAUAUAUAUCGACCGCUUAAUGAAACCAGCUUGCCGCUUUACGAGACUCAGGAGGGUCGAAAUGUCUAUGAGGAGACACUAGCCUGCGUGACCAAACAAUUUCCACAGUACGUCAGAGAAAUCCAGGGAACUGCGGAUGGUGCAAAGAUACCCUUUCAUAAGUUAUUUCUCAUGCAUCUAGAUGACAUAGUGCCUAAUGUGGUUGAAGGAACUCAGGGUAAUCCUCAACCUGUAGGCUGUUCGACUGUGAUUUGUAAUCAGCCUGGCCAGGAGAUUUUGGGACACACGGAGGAUGCCCUAUCAGAGACUCUUAAUCAUUGGUAUCUCGUGAGCGCUCACGUUAUAGAACCUGGUUUGAGAGAAGAAAAAUUCACUUCUUUAAGCUAUGCUGGUUUCUUGCCAGGUUACACAAUGGGCUACAAUCACCAUGGUCUUGUCUACACUGUGAAUACACUAAGUGCCAAUAAAUUACGUUCUGGCAAGACACCCAGGUACUUCUUGGCCAGGUCAUUACUUGGCGUGGAAAAUUUUGUCCAGGCUCAACAAGCCCUGAGGAAUGAAGGGUAUGGUGCUGCUGAAGGAUUUUCUGUGAAUAUGACUUUUUUGACACAAGAAGGUGACCGCAUGUUUCAUAACGCUGAAGUGGGACCAGUAAAGCCUGACGCUACCCAAUCGCAACUGAGUAUCCUGACAGCAAGUCCUGGAGAGAAUAUAUUCCAUUGUAACAAAUACUUGCGAUUAAAGGUACCGGAAGUGGAUGGUUUGAUAAUACCCAGUAGCGAGCAUAGAAUGGAAGCGAUAUGUCGACACGCAUCGCCAAAAACACGUGAAGAUGUCAUUGACAUUUUAAGUGAUCAAACUGAUAAUGAAUAUAGAGUAUUUCAAGAGAUUGGACCAGACGACUAUGUCAAAACAAUUGCAGUUGGAAUUUUUGACUGUAUUGAAAAAAAUUGGUCUCUGUAUACGGAUAUUCCCAAAUAUAAUGAUCCGAUAUUGGUGAUACCUUUACAACUGAAUAACAAUACACUGUGCCAUUUGAAAAAUGGUAAUGGAGUUGUUGACCAAUAAUGGGCAAAAUCGCGAAUGCGUGUUUGUAAAAUAUCAUGAAAUUCUAUUAAAUGUUACUUAUAUGAUUCUUGUCCUGGGUAUGAAGAUUUCAUAUACCAAGAGGAUACUAAUACUAUAACAAAUGUCGUUCAUUUUUGAUGUUGUUAUUUAUGUGUCUCAUGGAUACUAAGUAGUAUAAAUAACAUAAUAUAAUAUAUAUGUACAGAGCUAAAAAGUAAUUAUAACAGCACUCUAUGCUAUAAGAGAUUAUAGUGGAUCGAUUCUUCCAACUGUAAUAAAUAGAUCACGCAUAAUACAAA